GAAUCAUCUAUAAACAAUUCUGUCAUCAUGGACCGAAAUUCUGGUGGCGAGGAAGGGGAAGUGGACGCAACGGAUGUUGAUGGCUUGGAUGAAAGUCGCAAAUUGAUUCGAGAAUUACGUCAAAAAACCAGAGCACAAUCACAACAAAUUAUUGCCUGGAGAAGAGCAUAUAAAUUGCAGGAGACCUUAGUCUGGCGUUUGCAACGAGAGAAGGCCGACCAGCUUAAAUUUUUAUCUUCAAAGUUACUCUUAUUUGAAUCAAGACUAAUUAGAAAACAGAAAGACAUAUCAACCUUAUUAACUCACCGCGAGAGCAUUAUACAUCGUCAACAAAGGAUAAUAGAGACCAUUGUAAAUAGAUUAGUCGAUAAUGGCUUAGAGCUCCCUCAUCGUGAUUUAUCAGAACUCGAUACAAAUUUAUUAGACUUGGAGUCAUUAAAUGAUUCUGAUAGCGCUGUAGUAAUGGAAGAUGUCGACUCUGAUAGCAAUGUGACGCAUAUUCCCAGGUUUCGUUCUACGAAUGCAGAGGGUGUAACGGUGGUUAGGUCUGUGUCGGAUGCUAUUGAUCCCAAUUUAAAGUACACUGCCCGUCGAUCCAAUGGAUUUUUGAGACGCCCCGAAAUAUUGGAAACUGUAUAUAGCGUUGAAGAGGAUGGCGAUAACGAUACCCAAAGCGAAAACAAAAUAGAUGCUAUGAGAAAGCGGGAUGCAUUUGCGUCGCAACGUAGUGAAAAAGCAGUUCCGCCCGUUGAAGAACAGUUGGAAUUAAAUCGAGUAACAGAAUGUGGUGAACCUGUUAGAGAUUGGGCCUACAACUGUACUAUAAAAACAGACGAGACGGAGAAAGUGGCCACCGGAACAAAUCAAGUCACAACUUAUAAUAGGGUCAUGUCAAAUCACAGAUCCGUCACAAAGCCGAAGGAUGUGAAAUAUAAAAGGAUAAAUAAAGCUAAAUCCAAAAGUUUAGAAGAGUUACGAGGGCGUCUGAAAAAUUGGGUGGAACAAGGAAAUAAGACAGUGUUAACAGUGACUCUGAAUAUUAAUCUGUAAACAUACAAAGCAAAUAAUGAGAAUAUGCUACAUAGUCAACUAUUGAAUUGUACCAGCUGAACUUUUACUAUACCUACUCUAUUAACUUUAGCUAGGUACUAAAAAUCAGAAUAGCCAUAACUACCUACUAACGUUAUGUUCAAGGAUGUUGGAACCUUCUUCAACGGUUACAAUUGUGAAGAAGUAAUGUUACUGUAUUCGUAAUAAUGUGGAUAUUGCCAAUGGUACCUAUAUACAAGAUUAAUAUAAAAUACAUAGCAAUUUUAACUUUUGCUGCACCUUGCUAAUACUACGGAAGACGAUUCAUCUCGUAAGCCAGUUUGUCUAUGCAGUAUAAUUUGUUAUCCGUAAACAAAUAUUAUAGUAAGCUAUUUUAUUUUCAUGUCAACGUGCUAUUUACCUACUCCUGUGGUUAUUUAACAGUAGAUAAGUUCCCAGUUUGAAAUAGCCGUUUUGCUAAUGUUUGAGAAAAAUAAGAACGCCAUCUUCUUUGUAAAGAAACGGUCGGGGCUUCAUUAUAAAAAAAAACAAAUAUUGGAAUGUUUUCAAUGACUGAUAUGGACUAUUUCAAAUCCUCAUGAGUCUGUUCUUUCCAGUAUCUGUAUAAUCUUAUAUUAAUCACAUCACACGCAGCUUAACCUACCUGCAGUAGGUAUCAUUAUUAUUUUGAUAGACUGUAAUAAAGGAGUACAUUUUGUUUUGUUCAUGAUGGAUUGUACUAUACUAUACAGGGUGUUUUUUUGGGAGCUUUAGUUAAAAGUUUCUGGGAAA